UAGCCAUCAAGUCGUGAUUUCGAGUUCCACUUAAACGUGCCUCCAGGCAUGAAGUGUACUGGGUCUACUGGAUUUGGAUACUUGGUCGUUCUUUGGGCCCUCCCUGGAGUUUUUGGGCACGGAGCUCUCACCAAACCGAUGCCAAGAUUGGUUUCGGGCCAAGAAUAUUGCCCGUGGUGCGUGGGUGAGCAUCAGCCAGUAACCAAUCCAUCUGGGUCCGUCCACCGGGAUGCUGAACCGUCGUCUCCAUGUUUGAGCUCUCAACCAGGUGAUGCUCCAUACACGACAAACCGCUACAGCAGCUAUCAAUCAUACGCUGCAGCUGGAGAGCCAACUUACACGGCUGGUGGCACUAUGGAGACGAGAAUUGUGCUGGAUGCUGACCACAAUGGCGAGGCAAUUUUUGAAUACUGUCCUCACUCAGAAUCUCAGACAGAAAAAUGUUUCCGAGACAGACCAAUCUCGGAAUGGACAGAUGUGCAUGCAUAUUGGGACGCUUCGAAUCAGCUGGACCAUUGGAAAUCAGGGCAGACUUUCCCGCAGACAGUCAAUCUACCAGCUGACAUGCCUUCUGGACCAGCUACAAUCAGAUGGCUCUGGGUCUGCAAAUACACUGACGAGAUCUUCGUAUCCUGCAUGGACACAGAGAUUGUUGGAGGAAGCUCAACAACUGGGGCUGCAACAACUACCACAACUACAGUGUCUGCCUCCGGCGAAUGUAUUUGGACAGAUCCUCCAGUGGAGUUGCAACGAACUCCUCGAGAGGAGAAGGAGGGUCGCGUUUGUUGGGACUAUGUUGUACCUGUUGGUACAAAGGUUUAUUAUCAGUCCAAGACUGACAUCUAUAACAAGUGGAACUCAGAAGCCUGUUGCUUGAGUGCUGCUAGCACCUUUGGUUCAGAUGGUGGCAACCCCAACAUCGUCGUUUUCACUGCGACCAUUGGAAACUUUGGCUUCUGUGAAUGCACAGCUUGGGAUCCAAGCAACCCUGGGACUUCCUGCGCUGGGGAGGCAACGGCAGAGAACAUGGUUUGUCCUGUCCUUGGUGCUCAGAAAGAGAUGUGUGGCGAGAGUACCAAUUGGGAUGGCCUUCCAGUGGGUUGUGGAACUGUGUCUUCAACCGCUUCACCGUCUACGACUACGACAACUACGACCGCAUCCACAGAAGGAUGUUGCUACUGGGAUGCUGAGACUGGAUGCCCGGGCAAUGACUACUGUGACCAGUCAAAAUCCAAUUGCGAGGCAUCCUGCAAUGGCAAGUGGAAGUCUAUCGUUGAAACCACCGUCAGCUCUACUGCCAGUGUCACAACAACCCCUGCCACCACGACCAAGACCACUGCAGCGACAACCGCGACGAUCACGACACUUCCAACGACCUCGACCACUGAGACAGCUAUGUUUGAGCCCGUGGAUGGAGGGGUUGACCGGGUCUGUCGCGGAAGCACUCCAACAGAUAAUGCUCUCGAGUACUUUACUGUUGCAAGUGUGAACUCGCUAGAAGAGUGCAAGCAGCUUUGUAUGGCCAACAGUGCAUGCAAAGGCAUUGAGUACAUCAACAGGAGAUGUGAAAUCUGGAUGCGACCAGAGGGCAUUGGUGCAAGCUCUGAGGGUGUUGGUUAUGUUUGCCUGCGCUAUCUAGGAGGAGGCACUACUACUCAUCCAGCGAAGAGUUCAUGUGGUCAGCUUCACGACCAGUGUGGCGGCGAAAGCUACAUGGGCAGCACGUGCUGUGUUUCCGGCCUGAAGUGUGAGCUCAAGGAUACAUCGUAUUCACAAUGUGUGAUGGAUGACGCCAAUGUGGUGUCAUGCGCGCAGAUUUGGCAACAGUGCGGUGGAAACGGUUGGUACGGAUCCAACUGCUGCGUUGAGGGCCUCACAUGCGUUUGGGGCAACGAAUACUACUCUCAAUGCCUGCGGCUCCCUGGAUCGCUAUUGGAGGAGAAGCCCAAGCGAUCUCCCAGGCUGCGCAAAUCAAGGCAAGCUCUCACCAUGGAAUCAAGACCAUGGCUUGUCCAGCGUUCGAGCACGCUUAGCGCUACAACUAUUGACGCGGACUCGGAACUCUAAAGGAUCGGCUUAGGAGCUGCUGCUGAGCUGCUUAAAGCUUUAGCUUUGCACAUCUUUGCACAAUUCAGUCUCGUGGAGUGCUAUGGUGGGAGGCUGGGUGUUGUGAACCGCCAAGACUUGCAUUCAC